UUUGUCCUCCCAAAUUCAGGGAUUGGAAGCAGCCGCUCUGAGGCGAGCGGUGGCCAAAUACCGCACACGGAAGACUUGGGUUUCUCAUUAACCCCGGAGCUGAUAUAGUCCCAUCUCUCCACGCACCAGCCAGCCAGUUUUCCUGAUCCCUCUUGUCUCCAUCCCAGCCCUGCUCUCCCUCCUUCCCUGCCCGAGCUCCCACCUCGCUCCCGGGAGGACACCGGAGGAGCUGCGGGAUGGACAAGAAAAGCAAAAUGCAAGCGGAGAAGCACCUGACAGGAACGCUGGUCCUCUCCGUCUUCACCGCGGUGUUGGGCUUCUUCCAGUAUGGCUACAGCCUGGGGGUCAUUAACGCCCCCCAGAAGGUGAUAGAAGCCCACUACGGGCGCGUGCUGGGCAUCGUCCCCCUGGACCGACAUGCCACCAACACCUCCGGGGAGGAUGGCACCAUCCCUGUCACAGAGCCCUGGGGUGGCACCCAGGGCACGCUCGCACCCCCGGCUGACACUGAGGAGGACCUCGGCACCUCCCCGCACCUCAUCCUCACCAUGUACUGGUCCCUCUCCGUCUCGGUGUUCGCCAUCGGUGGCAUGGUCUCCUCCUUCACCGUGGGGUGGAUCGGUGACCGGCUGGGGAGGGUGAAAGCCAUGCUGGUGGUGAACGUCCUCUCCAUUGCCGGGAACCUCCUCAUGGGGCUGGCCAAAUUCGGACCAUCUCACAUCCUCAUCAUCGCCGGGAGAGCCGUCACGGGGCUGUACUGUGGGCUCUCCUCUGGACUGGUGCCCAUGUACGUCAGCGAGGUCUCUCCCACGGCCCUUCGAGGAGCACUGGGGACACUGCACCAGCUUGCCAUUGUCACAGGAAUCCUCAUCAGCCAGGUCCUCGGACUAGACUUUCUCCUGGGCAAUGACAAGAUGUGGCCCCUGCUCCUCGGUCUGUCCGGUGUGGCUGCCCUCCUGCAGUUCUUCCUGCUCCUACUGUGUCCCGAGAGCCCCCGAUACCUUUACAUCAAACUGGGGAAGGUGGAGGAAGCUAAAAAAAGUUUGAAAAGGCUCAGAGGAAACUGUGACCCGAUGAAAGAAAUUGCUGAGAUGGAAAAGGAAAAGCAAGAAGCUGCUAGUGAAAAGAAAGUCUCCAUAAGGCAGCUUUUCACCUCAUCGAAGUACAGGCAGGCUGUCAUCGUGGCACUGAUGGUGCAGAUAUCUCAGCAGUUCUCAGGAAUAAACGCGAUCUUUUACUACUCUACAAACAUUUUCGAGCGAGCCGGAGUUGACCAACCAGUUUACGCAACCAUUGGCGUUGGAGUGGUGAACACGGUCUUCACUGUUAUCUCCGUCUUUCUGGUGGAGAAGACAGGCAGGCGGUCCCUGUUCCUUGCUGGUCUGAUGGGCAUGUUAAUAAGCGCCGUGGCCAUGACAGUUGGACUUGUGCUUCUGAGCGAUUUUGCCUGGAUGAGCUAUGUCAGCAUGGUCGCCAUCUUCCUCUUCGUCAUCUUCUUCGAAGUGGGGCCGGGCCCCAUCCCCUGGUUUAUCGUAGCCGAGCUGUUCAGCCAAGGCCCGCGCCCGGCCGCCAUCGCCGUCGCCGGCUUCUGCAACUGGGCCUGCAACUUCAUCGUGGGAAUGUGUUUCCAGUACAUAGCGGACCUGUGCGGACCGUACGUGUUUGCCAUCUUCGCAGCUCUGCUUCUAGUCUUCUUUCUGUUUGCGUACUUCAAAGUCCCGGAGACAAAAGGGAAGUCCUUUGAGGAGAUCGCAGCUGUGUUCCGCCGCAAGAAGCUCCCAGCCAAAGCCAUGACCGAGCUGGAAGACCUACGAGGCAGCGAGGAGGCAUAGACAUUGUCACGCCACCCAGAAAAGGAGGGACUGAACAUGGACCUCACCUCCUUCAGGUGCCGCGGGAAGAACAUUGGGCAAAAGUCUCAUUUCCUAAAAACCUUGCAGCUGGCAGACCAGGAGGACCCAUCCAUUGGAUGUCUUCUGGCUGCUGUGGCUCACUCCUCUCAGCCACAGAUGUUUUACUCUGAAAUACUCAGUACAACUGGGCUGUGGGAAGAGCCGGGGAAAGGACAGGAGGAGCACGUUGUAUGUGUCUCCUCACCCCACUGGAAGAGCCCAGUGGGACAAUGAUCUUACUGGUUGGCAAAGCAUUACAUUGAGCAGGGUCAUCGCUCAGCUGGAAUGAAGGGAAGAGGGGUCAGGUGAUGCUGUAGCCUCAUGUUUUCACCUCUUUGUCCCACGCUUGUUGCUUCCUUCUGCUGAGUGGUCCGAUGCCUUCAGAAACCAACUGCUAGUGCAGUUGUGCUACCAGCACACGGCACUGCUCACCUGAGGUGCUAAGGAAAACAGACUGAGCAAACUCCCCCUUACUCUUGCCUGUGCAGAGGAAGAAGGUGGAUCCCACCUGGAUCAGUUGGGAUGCACCUGGCCUGCUUUGCUACCCGUGCAUUACAGAAAUGCUGCCCGAGCUCGUGAGCAUUUCUCAAGUCACAACACUUUUUAGGAGAAUCUUAGAAACUUUGGCUGGGCUGAUGUGCGUUAUUUUUUCUUUUGUUUCAGCCAGACUGCUUACCUCCUCUUUCCUCCUCAGAAGCCUUUCCUCCCCCCUUUAUCCCUGCUGCAGGACCACACAAUGAGUCCUGCUGCCAUCCCUCCCAUGGUGUGACCAUCGCCACAUCACCUCCCCUCGUUGCUCCUCCUUUCCCACCCUCUCUGGCCUUCCCUUCCUUUUGUACAACGCUUAGACCCACAAGCUCCAGGUUGAGCUCGGGCUCCCAGUUCCAUAACAAUUCAUGAUAAGGGGAAACAGAUCCUGCCACGUUAACUGGAAGGUGCCCCACCAAUCCGGCCCCUACUUCGCUCCACGUAAGGUUUUGCUGGCUGGAUGUGCUUCAGCCAAGAUAGCGCACAAGCAGGAGGUUGCGUUGUUUCUGUAGACUUGUUUGUGCUUGUUUUGCUUCUUUACAAGAUAACUUUUAUGUGACAAAAUCCAACUGUGAGGAUUUUUCUUCCUUUUUGGGGGGGAUGUGUUGGAAUCACUGUAAAAGCCUGCCCUCUGUUUGCUUGACAUUUAAGAUUUGUUCCUUGUUGUGAUGCCAGGCUACUUUCUAGCGACUUUCUCAGGAUAGAAACUCAUUAUUUAUUUAGAGAUGAAACACCAGCAUUGCUCGGUCACGGUGACCAUCAGUGAAGCGGUGACCAUAAUGUAACAGAGGAUGGAACACAAUGAAAAGCACGAGAACAGAGAGACCAUGGAGGACAAUAGGCUGGGUUUGGUCUUAGGAAAGCUUCAUGCUCCUUUCCACGUGCUUGAACAUCUUUCCUUUAUAGACUUUACUCUCUUAUUAAGACCCUAAAGCAAGUUCUGGUUCCUUCCAAGUGACUGGAAGUGUAGCCAUGAGGUCCACUGGGAGAAACCUCUGGCCCUGAUCUGUGCACUGAAGCAAUGAGAAUCCACCACGGGCUUUCCUGGAGCAACUGCUGGGAUUUAUCUUGAGGAGAACCAGGUUGAUGCUUUCAUGUCUGCAGCAGUGGGAGGACCUGAGCCUGACACGGGGCAUGCAGGGCCCAUGCUGUGGUGCACAGAAGAGAGCAAUGGAGCCAGGGUGCAGGCUCCUGGGUGGAACGGUCAGAGUCUUGUGUGCUGCAAACAGGUCUCCCCUGGAUGAGACCAGCAUGGCAGGCAGUUAAAUGUUAUCACG